UUGUUGAUUUUGUUGCAGAAAGAGUGAGCAGGGUUGGUUGUUUUUUUUUUUUUAGCGUUUUUUGUUUAAAUAUACAUAAAUAUAAAUAUGUAAUGAUGUAAUUACAGCCUGUAUUAUAUCGGGUUAAUGGUCAGAAUCUGCUGGCGGGGUGUGUCUGCGUGUUUUGGAUAGUGUGAUUAAAUUCAGUAGCGUUUGAUCCGGAUUGUUGGUGCUGUAGGUGAGAGCUUGGUUUGUUUACCUCUGUCUGGAGCAGAAGUGUUGGGACACCGGUGGAUUAAAGAGGUUGUAGAGCUGAAGGGUGAUGGGGGCUCUCGGAACCCGUUUCCAGGCUGCUCCCCAGAACCCCGAGCCGGCUGUGGAAGGACACUGUUCGGGAAUCAAACACAGCUGUGACUGCAAGAAGAGGAAACGAGCACCUCACUGCGAGUGCGACAGCGAACCGGAGGAAGACGACAGCCUUCUGGACACACCUCGCAGAAAGAAGCUAAAAAGCACCUCUAAGUAUAUCUACCAGACUCUGUUUCUGAAUGGAGAAAACAGCGACAUCCGCAUCUGUGCACUGGGCCAGGAGUGGAACCUGCACAAAGUUUACCUGUGCCAGUCGGGGUAUUUCUCCAGCAUGUUCAGUGGCUCCUGGAAGGAGUCUCAUAUGAUGGUCAUCGAACUGGAAAUCCCAGACCAGAAUAUCGACACAGAAGCCCUGCAGGUGGUGUUUGGCUCCCUCUACAGAGACGAUGUGCUGAUCAAACCCAGCAGAGUCGUCAGUAUUCUGGCUGCUGCCUGCAUGCUUCAGCUGGAUGGACUGAUCCAGCAGUGUGGAGAGACGAUGAAGGAGAACGUCAGUGUUAAAACGGUGUGUGGAUACUAUGCUGCUGCUAACAUGUACGGCCUGGACUCCGUCAUGAAGAAGUGUCUGGAGUGGCUCCUCAAUAACCUGAUGACCCAUCAGAAUGUGGACCUGAUGAAGGAACUGGGAGUUGAAGUAAUUGAACAGCUGAUUCAGUCAUCUGAUCUGUUCGUCAUGCAAGUGGAGAUGGACGUCUACACUGCGCUGAAGAAGUGGAUGUUUCUGCAGCUCAACCCAUCCUGGGAUGGUCCCAUCAAGCAGCUUUUGGUAGAUGCUGAUGCGUGGCUCUGUAAAAGAAGAAAUGAGCUGGGGGAGGAUGAGCCGUUUUUGUGCACAGAGCAGGGGCAGCCCUUCACCCCCGUCUUCAGGCACGUCCGCCUUCAGUACAUCAUCAAUGACUUGGCCUCUGCUCGCAUCCUCGAACGAGACAAUAUCAUUCCACCCGACUGGUUGUCCAGUAUAUACAAACAGCAGUGGUUCACCAUGCUGAGGACUGAACAUGACAAUGACAACGGACCCCAAGAAGCCAAUAAGGAUGAGUUUGAGAGGAACAGUAUGCGCUGUGGCAGGAAGCUGAACAAAGACGGAGAUUACUGUUGGAGGUGGACCGGCUUUAAUUACGGCUUUGAUCUGCUGGUCACCUACACCAACCGCUUCAUCGUCUUCAAGAGAAAUACCCUCAGCCAGCCAUGUGGGGGCGCUGUCAACUUACAGCCUCGACGACACCUUGCAUUCAGGUUGCGGCUGGCUUCGUUUGACAGCAGUGGGAAGCUGAUUUGUAGCCGGUCUACAGGCUACCAGCUCCUCACCCUGGAGAAAGACCAGGAGUAUGUGGUGAUGAAUCUGGACAGUCGUCUCCUGUCGUUUCCGCUGUACGUGUGCUGUAACUUCCUGUACACCUCGCCGUCCUCCGAGCGUCGGCCCGACGCCGGGGAACCGGAGAGCAGCACCCGCAGCGUUUCCUGAUCCACCAGCCAAUCACCUCAGUCUUCAUCCAGUGACAUCGUCAUCAUCGUUACCAGGUCCCAUCACCACCACCUCCUCCUCAGCAGCAGCCCAGCCUUGAAGAAGCUCCUUUUUACAGACUGUUUUUUGUAUGCCUCGUUAUUGUUUUUUUUGUUUGUUUUUUUAUGUGUAUAAUAAUUUUUUUUUAUUUCACUCCUCUAUUUAUUUUUGAAUAAUAGAGUGAGUUUUUUUUAUAUAAUUUUGCUGUAAUUAUUAUAAUAAUUAUUCACACGACACAUCAGCAGAGACACGGCGUGAGGGGCUGUAGUGUUUUCACUGUUUUUCGUCUGACUGACUCUGUGAAUUUUUUUAUUUUGUAUGAAAGUUAACGUUUCGUCGUUUCGUUUGUGUAUAUUCUUGUUUUUUUGGCUCAUGCUGGACACUACUCUGAUGCGCAUUCAUUCCUAUUUAUUCAGUGUUUUGUAUUCUUAACAAAACUGGUGCUGGCUUUUUAAAAGGUUGUCUUGUUUUGUAACCGGUGUUCGCCAGUGCAGCUCCGCUUCAGGAGCAAAACUGACAGUAUUGGUUUUGAGCCGCUGGGCAUUUCAGAUAAUUUCCAUGGUUCCGUAACUGUAGUAUAUUAGAUUUAGAGUAUUUAUACAUCGUAAACAGGAAGAAGAAUUUCAUUUUGGACCAAAAAUGACAAGGAACAGAAAUAAAACUCAAGAAAGAAAUCAUUAAAA